UGAGCACUUAUUAAGAUUUUUAAUUCAUAUUGCGUUUAUAAUUCAAAAUUGCGUUGACUUAAAUAAACCCUAACACCGACGACAGGGGUCUGGGUUGGUCUUACGCUUGCCUCAUUUUCACACGACCGUGGUCAGAUGGUUUCUCAUUGGCUAUUUAGAGUUCAGUACACUCAGCCCGACUCUGAUUGGUGCUCGGGUUAGUCACAUGUUCAUCACUAACCAAUCCGGUGAGUCUGCUAGGAAACGCUACAGUAAGGUGCAGGCAGCCACGCUGAGAGUGCUAAACUCGGGGAGAGGGUUGUACAGUGUGUUUUAAAAAACAUUCAGGUAGUCUUUUUAUUAGUGUAUAUGCAGAGCCAUGCCGGAGGACAGAACUGAGCAGCCACAUAUAGUUACAUGUACCGCUCCAGUGAAUAUAGCUGUCAUUAAAUACUGGGGCAAGAGAAAUGAAGACUUAAUUCUACCCAUUAACUCAUCGUUGAGCGUCACAUUGCAUCAAGACCAGCUGAAAACAACCACUACAGUUGCAACCAGCAGAUCAUUUCAGGAGGAUCGAAUAUGGCUCAACGGUAAAGAGGAGGACAUAACCCAUCCCAGACUGCAGUCCUGUCUGAGAGAGAUUCGACGAUUGGCACGGAAGAGGCGUAAUGAUGGAGACUCUGGCGUGGAUUCAGCUAGUUUGUCACACAAAGUCCACAUUUGCUCAGUUAACAACUUCCCCACUGCUGCUGGACUCGCCUCUUCAGCAGCUGGAUUUGCUUGCCUGGUUUACUCUCUGGCUCGGGUGUUUGGAGUAGAAGGAGAGUUGUCUGGGAUUGCUCGUCAAGGCUCUGGCAGCGCAUGCCGGAGCAUGUAUGGAGGUUUCGUCCAGUGGAUCAUGGGAAACAAAGAGGAUGGGAAGGACAGUUUAGCCCAGCAGGUGGAGCCAGAGACUCACUGGCCUGAGCUCAGAAUCCUCGUACUAGUGGCCAGUGCAGAGCGGAAGCCAGUUGGCAGCACCUCUGGAAUGCAAACCAGUGUAAAAACAAGCUGCCUAUUAAAGCACCGCGCUGAAUCUGUUGUCCCAGGCCGGAUGGUAGAGAUGACUGAAGCAAUACGAAAAAAGGACUUUGCAGCAUUUGCUGAACUAACCAUGAAGGAUAGUAACCAGUUUCAUGCCACCUGCCUCGACACGUGCCCCCCUAUCUUCUACCUCAAUCAUGUUUCGCAGCAGAUCAUCAGUUUGGUCCAUCGUUACAACAAGCAUUACGGGGAGACGAGGGUAGCCUACACUUUUGAUGCAGGGCCCAAUGCUGUGAUCUUCACUUUACAGCAGCACGUUCCUGAGUUUGUGCACAUGGUUCAAUAUUUCUUUCCCCCAGAAACCAACGGAGCAGACUUUAUUAAGGGUCUUCCAGUCAACUGUGCUUCUCUUUCUGAGGAGCUGAAGCAAGGUAUUGGUCUGGAACCCAUGCCAAAGGGAAUAAACUACAUAAUUAGUACUAAGGCUGGACCAGGCCCGCGUGUUGUAGAGGAUCCUACUCAGCACCUGCUUUUAUCUGAUGGUUUUCCCAAGAAAACAAUGUGAUUUCCUCCUGCAGCCCUAAAGGAGCGAGUUCUACUGAGCAACAGGAAAGCCAAUGUGACUUAGUUGCAUACAACUUUUAUCGCAGCAAUACCAGACACCUUCCUCACAAGAGCGGAAGAUGAUACGUCUCCCUUUAAAUAUUAAACUGUCCUGUUUGGUCUCUUUUCAUAUCAUCAUUACUCCUUUGUGUUCUUUCAUAGCUUUAAUCAUUUCUGUGUGUCUGUAGGUAGAUAAACACUGAUACUGCCUUGACACGGGUAGUAAAUAAGUGGAAACUCUUGCAGUGAGCAAUGCACUGAGUCAUAAAUACAGAUCGGACCGGAGACUGGAGCUGACCCAUUGUUCUCUGACCUGUCUGAUCAAAUCAUUGUCUGUACAGUUUUUUGUUUCUUCUUGUUAAUCACCAUUUCCGAUCAACAGUGCAUAUUUAAUUCAUGUCAAUUCAAUGUCAAUGGCACACAAUAAAAUAUAUUUUGGUCAA